GUGUUCGUGGUGCUCAUGUGUGGCCUCGCCCUUGCCAUCAUGGUCGCCAUAUUGGAAUUCUGCUGGAACUCACGAAAGAACGCACAGACGGACCGGGACUCGGAGUACGACUAUGAUGACGAGGACGAGGACGAGGACGACGAGGAGCGAAAGCAGAGACUGGAGAACGGCCUUGAGGGGGAGGAGGAAGAGGGUGAGGGAACGAGACGACCUCCUCGAGAAACACGACCCCCGCAAUCCCUGUGCUCCGAGAUGGCGGAGGAGCUGCGCUUCGCCAUGCGGUGCCACGGGUCCCGCCAGCGGCCAGCCCUCAAGAGGAACUGCUCGCGCUGCACGCCCGGCACCACCUACGUGCCCGCCGCUACCAACCUGACGCAGGCCAACGGCGUGAGUGCCUUCUACAUCUCGCCGGGGACCUGCUCCGGCCACCAGGAGGCGCGCGGCCCCACCCCCACGGACGCCGCCCCAACCCCCGCUCCCGCCGCCGCUGACACCUGCUCCCUUCCGGCUGACCUCACUCCACCCCCACCCGCCCCUCCGCCCCCCUUCCCUUUCCCUCCCGUUGUUCCCUCAAACUACAUAAGACGUCCCUCCAUCCCCCUUCCCCUCGUCUCCACCUCCUCCCUCUCAUCCCUGCCGCCCCCUCCGUCCCCUCUCUCCUGCUCCUAAAGUGCCUGUAUAAUGAGCCGCUUUCCAGUCUGGUCAUAGUUUGCUUUCUUUUGACACUCACGUGGGUACCACACAGCCACACACACACACACACACACACACACACACACACACACACACACACACACACACACACACACACACACUUGAACACACGUCCAGCAGCCAGGCGCACUGUCCUGCAGCUCCUGCACCGGGAAGAGACAGCAAGGCAUUGGCACACAGAGUCGACACAGCAACAAAGACGUUUGGGGGUAAGGGGAGGCAGGAAGCGUGUCCUUGACACUGCAGGACGUGCAAGGCCGCGAGGAUGAGGAGGGGGAAGAAUAGCAGGACAGUGCAGCAAGGGAGAGUAACAACGACAAGAAGGGAGAGAGGCGCAGCAGGGAGGGUGAAUGAAAGGCUGACACAACACUAGAGUAAAUAUCAACAUGAAGAAGGAAGUGGAGGGUUUUCCUCGUUGUGAACGACAAUGAACAACACAAACUAUAAUCCAAACUACGCACACACUCACCAGGAAAACAGAAAAAAAAAUAAACAAACAAAUACGAAUUAAAUAUUUAUCAUUACAACACUUAAGUCAAAUCAAAGCAAGCCAAGGAGCAACACAACACUGCCUCACAUGGUUACACAACAACACCAGAGGGAAGCAGUGCAGGAUAAGCUGCGCGCCACACACUUAGCUGAGGAGACUGUAGGAGGCGCUGCAGGCACGCGCGGUGACGCAGGCAGGGGAAGACUCACACCGGGACAAGACGGGAAGGGAAAAACUAAGAUUCUCUAAUUAUUUCCAUCAGAAGCAUCAUGAAUAUUACAGUCUCCGUCUCUCAGUCUUUUUUCCAUACUUUCUUCCCUUCACCAGCUGCUGCUUUUCCCCGGCUUUUUUCCCCACUAAUGACUCACUUUUUUAUUUCUCUCUCUCUCUCUCUCUCUCUCUCUCUCUCUCUCUCUCUCUCUCUCUCUCUCUCUCUCUCUCUCUCUCUCUCUCUCAUUCUCUUUAUGGGUUAGGAACGCUUCUGUUAAACUUCACGCAUUGCUGCUUCUCUCCAUUCUCUAUCACGCUUGUUGCACUAAAACCAAAACUUUCUCAUAUUUAUA